GUCGCUUUGCAUGUGAAACUGCUAGCCUGUUUCCGUGAGGCAAAGGGUCCCGAUGGGGAUGUUGCGACUAUGGGUCCCACCGAUUGCAGGACUGGCGCUGAAAUUCUAAAAUUUGUGCGAACGGUGAUGCGCAAGGACGUUACCAUCCUUAAGGCUUCUCCUAAUCAUGAUUCGUAAUAAUAAUGAUAAACUCAAUAAAAAUUAAUGUUGAUCAUGAUAUUAAUGAUAAUAUAAUCAUGAACAUGAAGGUAAUAUAUAAAAAUAUUGAUCUUCAAUAAAGACAUGACCUCGGAGUAGAGCCAAUUUCUCGAAGCCAAGUAGUUCUCCUCCAGCUAUCCAUCUUUUGGCUGAGGAGCACCUCUCUAACAUCCUAAUCGAUCUAGCUAGGUCGUAUCACGUAGUGAAAGAGCUGUGCGAGAUCAUUCGGCAGCAAAUUGCAGACCCUUACCUGCUGACGGAAGCAUGUGCUAUGCUGACACUGAUCAUGUACCACAACGCCAUUCGCAUGGAAUACAUACGGUUCGUG